GUUUUGUUCUCAUACACCCAAAUAACGUCAUUUUGUCUUUAUGAAUUUUGGAUUGCAAAAUGCAUCAGCUACUUUUUAAAGAUUUAUACAUGAAGUAUUUCAAGAUUUGGGCUUUACUUUGACAUACUAUUGAUGAUAUAUUCUAUUUUACUAAAGAUGACAUUAGUUGCAUCUUUCUCAGCAGAAGAACGCGAACAUCACUUGAAGCAUGUUUUCGAUAGAUCAGAUAAAUACAGUUUGAGAAUCGAUAUUUUAAAGUCGAUCAUGGGUAUUGAUGAAUUGCAAUUUUUAGGAUAUCAUAUAAUACGGGAUGGAUCUCGGCCUGUAUCAGAAAAAGUCGAAGCAAUAUUGAACUAUAAAUUACCAGAGAAUAUCCAUGAAAUGCGAACCUUCCUAGGGAUGCUUAGUUUGUACCAACCAUUCCUGAAAGAUACUGCUAGAACACAAGUCUUCAUGAACUUCUACUUGUUUUCAGGUAUCUAGAAAUAGAAAUUAAUCCCAUUAUGUUUGAAAGCUACAUGGGAAUAGACAAAUAGCGAAUUCAGAAAUCGAAACGCCAAUCUCUACAAGCAACAAAGUUACCCAGAAAAAAAGCUAAAAGAAAGUAAAAAGUUAAAUAUGAAGCAAAAGGGAUCAUAACAUAUAAAAUAUGGCGAGUUUUAUUCUUUUGCCUAUGGAACACAGAAGUGCUUCGUAUGGAGGUACAUACCUUAAGCUAUCCCAGUUCAGAUUUGCCUUGGUCACUGUGUACGGAUGCAUCUUAUUGGUGCAGCCCUCAAACAAAAUUGGAUGAACAACUCUUGAAAACAGUUACAACUUUCACUACCACCCAGGAAUGCAGAAGCUUGUAAAAUUCAUAUUCUGUUAAUUACGAAGUUGCCACUUGCGUUUCUAUACUGAAGAUGACAGAUGAAUCUCUGCUUUGAGAAACGGGAUGUGUCAUGAAUUUCGUGGAUGGAUACCUCGAAUGCCUUGCCGUAUUUUACAGAAAAAUGUUUGUGCUUUCCUCCUGCCCUUUGCAAUAGUAUCGCUUAUUUUCUUGCUUCUAUAUUCGCCAUCCCAAUCCUACAAGACCAGUUACCCACUGAAGUCUGCUGUUGCUGAAGGACUAAAGCCUCAAAAGAACUUCACCAUUCACGUAUGGCGUCAUGGAGAACGGAUGAAGAGACGUUUCCUGAGGUCCUAUGGCAAAAUUGAAAGGAACCCUUUCGAGUUCUGCACAGUCAGUAACUGCCAACUCUCCACAAAUGACAGUCUUGUUUAUGGCAGCGACGCCGUUCUUUUCCACCUCCAUCAGACCAAAGGACCGAAGACUCUUCCAGUGUAUCACCCUCAGCACCAAAUCUGGAUAUUCUUCACUGAUGAGUCUCCAUUGCACACAUUCUUGGCCACUAAAAUGUAUAGCAUGAAGGACUAUAACGGGCUUUUCAACUGGAGCAUGACAUAUCGCAGCGAUUCCGACGUGCCAGUACCGUAUGGCAGGACCGUAAAAUUGACCGCGACAGAGAUGGAACACUUCCAGGAAAAGAAUUACGCUCUUUCAAAGACGCGGGGUGUUGCCAUCCUCGGCAGUAAUUGUGGUGGUCAAAAUUAUAGGUGGGAUUAUGUGGACGAAUUGCAGAAGUACAUACCUGUCGAUAUCUAUGGUGGCUGCGGGACUCGUACGUGUCCAGGACACUUCACGAAAGACUGUUCCAUCAUUAGUGAUUAUAAAUUUUACUUGGCAUUCGAGAAUUCGAAUUGUAAGGAAUACCUCACAGAAAAACUGUGGUGGAAUGCAUAUCACAAAGACACAGUGCCCGUAGUGAUGGGAGCACCAAAAUCGGAUUAUGAACGGUUGUGUCCCCCUCAUUCUUUCAUCCAUACAAGUGAUUUUCAAUCCCCAUCUGAUCUUGCGAAAUAUUUGGAGUUUUUAAUGGAGAAUGACUCUGCUUAUAAUUCUUACUUCGAGUGGAAAAAGCGUUACAAGGUUCUCAAUGAGCAUGGAUAUUUUAAUUCGCCAUCGUUACAUCUGUGUCACAUAUGUGAGGCUUUGAAUCACAAAGCUGGAGUGCCAAAGACUUAUCAACAUCUAGAAUCCUUUUGGAAUGCGAAAACGGAUUGUUACGAAACUACAUGGAAACCACAACUGUAACUUCUGUCUGAGUACAUUCCAAUUACCUCAGCAAGGCUGUUAGAACAGAGAGCUUCAUUGUGUAUUUAUACAUAUGCAGUUAAAAAAAAAUCGAAGAAUCAUAUCACCAUUGUUAAAUCACUGAAACAGACCUAUUCUUCUUAGCCAAUCUGUAUUUUCGAAAAAUUUAAAGUGAAUUAUUUCUACUUCACUUUCGGCAAACAUUUCGAAAGAAGAAGGGAAUCUUCAGUGCACAGCUGUUUCAUCAGUGUGUUUGAAUCUUCAGUGUGCUGUUGAUAAAAGAAGUGCAUCUUCAGUGCAUAUCAUCAAAAGUUUAUUCGCUAUUGCACUUUUUUUUUUCGGGGGAUUAAAUUUAUUAAACAUCAAAGUACACAAUUGUAUUUAAAUAUCAGUUGAAGUUUGAAUUGUAGAUGUGCAAACAGUAAUUAAAUUGUAUAUAAUGUAUGCUUGCUACAAUAUAACAUUUCAAUUAAAACUCCUGUACGAAGCUCAUACCGGGAAAUUCCAUUGGAAAACCCUGCAUUGACCAUUUCUACAUUUUGACUACUACUUUCCAGUUUUUCGUGUAUUAUUCUGUAUUAGUUUUCCAAUUGAAUUUCCCGUUGCAGGAUUGUUCCAAAAUUAGGCCGAUUGCUGCUAAACCAGCAAGACCUACCUAAUAUCUCAUAAUCCAUUUUUUCCUCAUAAAAACGAAGAAAGUUAAUCUUAUAGAAAUCUCUGACUAAAAUAAAGCAAUACAUAAAGUAUUGCAUUAUCUUAUCAGGGCCUUGUUUCUUUUUUCCUUAAAUUUACAUAAUUUUGAAUAAUUGUAGUCGACGUGCCAUUAAAUACCAAAGGAAGAGCUUUAAUACUGCAACUAACAUCUCACGCUUCUAAAUUCUUUAUUAGUGUUAAUUAGGAACAUCGUUUUUUAUCUGCGAUAAUGUUAAAUAUUUUCAAAAUAAAAAAGAAGUAAAUAUAUAUUUUUUAUGAAAAUAGAAAUAAAUAAAGUGCCUUCAUUUUGGCAACGUUCAGUA